AUGAGCGCCGUGAUCUCGAGAAGCGCUGCACUGAGCGCUCGAACCACCGUCGGCGAACGCCGUCGCGGAUCGUCGGUCAAGCGCGUCGCGAGUGCGACGCACGGACGCGUCAAUGUCGUCCCGCGCGCGAGCGCGUCCCUCUCGCGCGGUGACGCGCUGUGCAAGCGCGCGACCGCGCGAUCGAGCGCGAACGAGCGCAGGGUGACGGUACAAAAUUCGUCCAAGCGAUCGAGCGUGCGAGCGAACGCGAGCGGCGCCCUGGAAGAGUUCAAGGCGAAGUACCCGCAGGCGGAGACGGUGUUUUACUUCGCGGCGUGGUACUUUUUGAACGUCCAAUUCAACAUCAUCAACAAAACGAUUUACAACUACUUCCCGUUCCCGUGGUUCGUGUCGUGCGUGCACUUAUUUGUCGGUUUGUUCAUCAUGGCCUUCUUCUGGGGUAGCAAGCUGGUCGAGUACGAGCAGCCGGACAAGGAUUUCCUCAAGGCGCUCUCACUUCCGGCGUUCUUGCACGCGUUCGGGCACUGCCUGACCAACGUGUCCUUCGCCACCGUCGCGGUGUCCUUCACGCACACCGUGAAGACGCUCGAGCCGGUGUUCACGGCGAUUGGCUCCUACUUGGUCGCCGGUACCGUGUACCCACUCCCGGUGUACGCCUCUCUGCUCCCGAUCAUGGGCGGCGUUGCCAUUGCGUCCGCCACUGAGCUCUCCUUCACCUGGUUGGGCUUCUUGACGGCGAUGAGCUCCAACGUCGCCUUCUCGGCGCGCGCCAUCUUCAGCAAGAAGUUGAUGAACAAAAUGUCUCCGUUGAAUCUUUACAACUGGGUCACCAUCGUCGCCUUGAUGUUCUGCUUGCCGUUUGCCAUCUACUUUGAAGGCCCGACGCUCGCCCAAGGCAUCUCCGACGCCAUCGCUCUCAAGGGUAAGACGGAGUUCCUCAUGGCGCUCGCCUCCGUCGGCUUCUACUACCACAUGUACAACCAAGUCGCGUACCAAGCCCUCGGCAAGGUCGCUCCGGUCACACACGCCGUCGGCAAUGUCGGUAAGCGAAUCUUCGUGAUUGGCUUCUCUAUCCUUGCGUUCGGUAACAAGAUCUCCACCCAAACCGCCGUCGGUUCUCUCAUCGCCAUCUUGGGCGCUGGCAUCUACGGCGUCGUGAAGGGCAAGUAUGCGAAGAACAACUAA